AAAUUUUAUUGUUGUUGUUGUUAUCAAUGACACAAUAAUAUUAACAAUAAUAAUAAUAAAAAUAAUAAUAAUGACAUGUAUGUAAAUAAUAUAAGUGCAAAGUCCAAAAAAAAACUUCAUCUAAUCACAAGUGUAUAGUUGAUAAACAAUAAUUGAACACUCAUACAAACAAACAAAUCAAAAUAAAAACCGUUCUUUGUCUUUGAGUGUUUGGAGUAAUUAAAAUAUUUAUCAAACGGAUGGUGAUGAUGAUAAUGAUGAUGAGCUCGAAAAGUUGAUAAGAAUGUCGUUGAUAUAAUUAUCAUCAGCAUACCAAGUGCAACUGUCAAACUAAACGUAUCAAGAUAAAAAAUAAAAAUAUAUUUACAUUUGAUCAAUUUUAUUUAAAUAAAGAAAAUAAUAAUGACACGCCCCAAAUUGGAUACUAUAAAUACAAAAUCAAAUUGUCUACUUCGUCGUGACAGUGAUCAAGAAGAAAAAAUGAAUCAAUUAGUUGAGGAAUUAAAAAAAUUACGUGCAAUUAAUGUAAAAUUAUUACGUUGGAAUAUAAUUUGUAUAUGUAUUGGUAUUAUAUUAUUUUUAUUAAUCGGAUGGUUUUCAAUAUCAAAUUAUCGUCAUAUGAAAGAGUUGGAAAAUGAAAAAGAUUUAAAAUCAUUAGUGCAAUUAAUGGAUCAAGCAAUACAUUUACGUGAAAUGAAUGUUAGAAAUAUGAUACUUGCAAGUACAGAUCCAAGUUCACAGUGUGUUAUUGUUAAAAAUGAAAAUCGUUUUGAUUGUCAUCCAGAAAGUGAUGCUAAUGAAGCAAGUUGUAUAGAACGUGGAUGUUGUUGGAAUUCAUUAAAUAAAAAUAAUGAUGAACAAUUAGAUAAUGAUUAUGAUAGUGUAUCAUCAAAUAUUCCAUCAUGUUAUUAUCCAAAAAAUUGGCAAAUUUAUGAAUAUGAAAAUGCAACAAAAGAAAAUAAUGAAUUUUCAGCAUUUUUACAUAAUACAUCACCGUCAUAUUAUAAAAAUGAUAUUGAAACAAUUAAAAUUGAAGCUGUUAGUAUUGAUUCAGGAAUAAUGAGAGUUAAAAUAUUUGAUCCAAGUAAAAAAAGAUAUGAACCAUUAUGGCCAAUUAGAAAUGAUCCAGUACCAUUUAAAAAUAAUGUUAAUAAUGCUGCAUAUAUAUUUGAAACAGAUGAUACUGCACCAGGUUUUCGUAUUAAGCGAGUUGAUAAUAGUGGUAACAAUAAUGGCAUUAUAAUAUUUGAUUCAAUAACACCAAGUAAUUUUAUAUUUUCUGAUCAAUUUUUACAAAUAAGUACAUUAUUACCAUCAAAUAAUAUUUAUGGUCUUGGUGAACAUAGAUCAACAUUAAAGCUAGAUACAAAUUGGCAAACAUUAACAUUUUUUAGUCGUGAUGCAGCACCAGUUGAACAAGCUAAUUUAUAUGGUACACAUCCAUUUUAUAUGAUUAUGGAAGAUAAUGGAAAUAGUCAUGGUGUAUUAUUUUUAAAUAGUAAUGCUAUGGAUGUUGUAUUACAACCAACACCAGCAUUAACAUUUAGAAGUAUUGGUGGUAUAUUUGAUAUUUAUUUUUUUAUGGGACCAACACCAACUGAUGUAUUACGUCAAUAUUCAGAAAUUAUUGGUAAACCAUUUUUACCACCUUAUUGGUCAUUGGGUUUUCAUCUUUGCAGAUUUGGAACUGGCUCAUUGAAAAGAACACGUGAAAUUUGGAAUAGAACUAGAGCUGCUGGAAUUCCAUUUGAUACACAAUGGAAUGAUUUAGAUUACAUGGAAAACCGUAAUAAUUUUGAAUAUGACAAAGAAUUAUUUAAAGAACUUCCACAAUUUGUUAAAGAACUUCACGAGCUUGGUAUGCAUUAUAUUCCAAUUAUUGAUCCUGGUAUAUCAUCAUCCGAGCCAAAUGGUACUUAUGUACCAUAUGAUGAAGGAAUACGUGAUGAUAUUUUUAUCAAAGAUAAUUCAACAAAUUUGCCAUUCAAUGGAAAAGUAUGGAAUCUUGGAUCUACUGUAUUUCCUGAUUUUACACAUCCAAAAGCCAAUGAAUACUGGUAUAAAAUGAUGAAAAAAAUGCAUGAUGAAUUUGAAUAUGAUGGUGCUUGGAUUGAUAUGAAUGAACCAUCAAACUUUUUCGAUGGUCUUGAAAAAGGUUGUACACCAAAUGCACUUGAUCAACCACCAUAUGUACCAAAUGUUCUUGGUAAUUUAUUAGCAUCAAAAACUCUUUGUAUGAAUGCAAAACAAUAUGCUGGCUAUCACUAUGAUUUACAUAACAACUAUGCAAUGGGCGAGGCUAUUGCAACAAAUGAAGCAUUAGUAAAAAUAAGACAAAAACGUCCAUUUAUUGUAUCACGUUCAAGUUCACCUGGUCUUGGUUAUUAUUCAGCUCAUUGGACUGGUGAUAUAUUUUCAAAAUGGCAUGAUUUAAAAAUAAGUAUACCUGAAAUAUUGUCAAAUGGUUUAUAUCAAAUUCCAAUGGUUGGCGCUGAUAUUUGUGGUUUUAAUGGUAAUACAACUGAAGAGCUAUGUAAUCGUUGGAUGCAACUUGGUGCAUUUUAUCCAUUUUCAAGAAAUCAUAAUUCUGAUGAUACAAUUGAUCAAGAUCCCGUUGCAAUGGGUGAUUUAACAGUAAAAUCAUCGAGAAAAGCAUUGAUGAUAAGAUACAGAUUUUUACCAUAUUUAUAUACAUUAUUAUUUCGUGCUCAUAGAUAUGGUGAAACAGUUGCACGUCCAUUAUUUAUUGAAUUUCCAGAAGACACGAAUACAUAUAAUAUUGAUACACAAUUUUUAUGGGGUAGUGGAUUUAUGAUUGCACCAGUACUAGAAGAUAAUACAACAAAUGUCAAUGUUUAUUUACCAAAUGGUGUAUGGUAUGAUUUUUAUAAUAAAACAAUAAUUUUAUCAAAAGGUGAUUAUUAUAAUUUUAAUGCACCAAUUGAUACAAUACCAUUGAUAAUACGUGGUGGUUAUAUAUUACCAGCACAAGUACCAGCUAAAACAACAACUAAUAGUCGUAAAAAUAAUUUUGAAUUAUUAAUUGGUAUUAAUGAAGCUGGUAAUGCACUUGGUGAAUUAUAUUGGGAUGAUGGUGAUAGUAAUGAUUCAAUUGAUAAAUUACAAUAUAGAUGGAUAACAUUUAUGCUACAAAAUCAAACAUUACAUAAUACACAAACACAUAAUGGAGUGUACAAGGAAAAUAUGAUACUUGGAAAAAUACAAAUAAUGGGAAUAAUUUAUCAAGUUAAAAAAGUUUAUCUUAAUAAUAAACAAAUUAAAUUUAUCUAUGAUGAUAAACGAUCAUUUUUGACAAUCAAAAAUUUAAAUAUUGAUCUGAAAGAUAAUUUUAUUUUAUCUUGGAUAUAAAUA